CGGGGCCAGUGGCUGUUGAGCGGUUCUCCGGGCCAUGAUAGAGGAGUUUGACAAACACAGCGAUGGAGAGAUAAAUCAAGUCCUUGAGUGGAACAUCUUUGUCGGAAGAGAAAUAAGUUUAGUUCUGAGAGGUAAGUUUGUAGUAGACAAAACAAAAAGGAAAAAAUGGAAAGAGCUCUCUGAAGAACAGAAGCGAGAAAUUAAAGAUGCUUUUGAGCUGUUUAAUACUGACAAAGACCAAGCCAUAGAUUAUCAUAAAUUAAAGGUGGCAAUGAGAGCCAUGGGCUUUGAUGUGAAAAGGGCUGAUGUGUUGAAGAUUCUUAAACAUUAUGACAGAGGAGCCACAGGCAAUAUGACAUUUGAAGAUUUUAGUGAAGUUGUGACAGACUGGAUACUAGAGAGAGAGCCACAUGAGGAAAUACUGAAAGCAUUUAAACUAUUUGAUGAUGAUGAUUCAGGAAAGAUAAGCUUGAGGAAUUUAUGGCGUGUUGCCAGAGAGCUGGGAGAGAACAUGAGCGAUGAGGAGCUCCGGGUCAUGAUAGAGGAGUUAGACAAAGACAGCGAUGGAGAGGUAAAUCAAGAGGAAUUCAUUGCUAUUAUGACUGGUGACAUGUAAAGAAUUACAAGAUUCAACACCAAAAUGUUGCUGUUACCAUCUAUCUUCUCUUUGUGUGCCUGGAGUUCAGUUUAAGAAUAUGAAACAAAACAAUUAAAUGUAGUUCUUUUUCUGAAAGGAACAAAACCAAGCAUCCUUUGUAUGUAUAUUUCAAUACUGUUAAGUGUAUGUCAUCAAUGUAGUAGUUGAGUUCACAUUUAUAAUGCACAUUUAUAUAAACUUUUA